AUGUGGGACGUUAAAGAUAAAACGUUUGUAAUUACGGGAGGUGCUUCCGGACUUGGUGCGGGUUACGCAAAGGCUUGCCUGGAACACGGAGCCAAGAAUGUAGCCAUCCUAGAUAUAGCCGAAAAGCUGGGCAACGCGACAGCUGAACAACUGAACGAGACUUAUGGCACCAAUAAGGUGAUAUUUGUGAAAUGUGACGUGAGCAAGGAGGAAGACAUCGUGAGCGCGUGGGACGCGGUGCUCGCUCAGUUCAAGCAGAUUAACGUCAUCAUCAACAACGCUGGCAUCAUGGUGGAUGCUCCUAAUAUUUGGAGAACUGCUUCUGAUGUUAAUUGGCAAGGAUUAGUCUCCUUCACCUUAAAAGGCGUCAGCCACAUGAGGAAGGAUGAGGGUGGAGCCGGUGGAACUAUUUUGAACAUCGCUUCCACUCUGGGCAUAACAAAGAUGACCUUUUUGCCUAUCUACAGCGGUUCCAAAAUGGCUGUUCUACAUUUCAGUCAAUGUUUAGCGAUGGAUCCGUUCUAUGAAAAUACCGGUGUUAGAGUUCUGACAAUGUGCUUAGGAUGUACCGAUACACCGUUAAUAGACAAUUUAGAGACAAGGUCUUGGGAUCCGAAACUUGCAGACGAUUUCGUCACCAACAUUGCUAACAACUAUACACGGCAAAAAAGGGAAUCAGCCGUCUCAGCGCUAAUUAAGAUGUUGACAACUGGUAACCCUGGCUCUAUCUGGCUGACUCUUGACGACAAACCGGCUCGAGACAUCACAUCAGUCAUUGACAACGCUUAUAAAGAAUUUGAGAAAGUUAUGGCAGAAUAA